AUGGCGCCAGAAACAAAAGCCGGCUGUCCGAUUUGCGGGGACCGGUUAAACGCGAUACUCAGAUGCAGCGGCUGCGGCCAGCAAGUUUAUUGCGGCAAGGAUCAUCAACGACAGGACUGGCCGCGGCACAGGUCCGUUUGCCAGGCGUGGGAGAUCCACGAGAGCCCUGAACUCGGACGACACUUAUUGGCGUCGAGGGACAUCGGUCAGGGCGAUCUGAUAAUCACGGAGUCACCAUUGGUCUGGGGGCCGGCUUUGCACACGGAUCAAAGAGUUUGCGUGGGUUGCGGCAAAGAAUGCGAGUCAACCGACAUCAGAUGCAAGAUCUGUUUAUGGCCGGCGUGCGACAGGGACUGUUCCGGACUUGUCGACAAGAAUAGGCACGGUCUGGAGUGUCUGAUUCUCGUGAAAGCGCGGAUUAUUCCCAGAUGUGAUGUUCUUCUGGUGGUCCGUAUGUUAAUAUUAUGGUGGAAAAAGUCGAAACAUUGGACGGCCUUGGAAAAGUUACAGAGCCACGAGGAAUCCCGCGGCCAAGGAACGACCGCGUACGAAGAAGCGAGGAGCGUGAGCCAGCACUUGAAACGUCUAAUAUCGGACGAACCCGCUGGCAAGGAUGUCGUAGGAAGAAUUUGCGGCCUGAUAGAUGUAAACGCCCUGGAAACAAUGCCACCGGAGGGCUCGGUAGCGAUUUAUGAAACCGCGUGUCUGCUCGAGCACUCCUGUCUGGCCAACACAAGGCACACUUUCAAAAUUGAUGAGAAGGGGAGGCCUCGUAUCACAGUGAAAGCCCUUUGCUUUAUAAAAAGAGGGGAACAUCUCAGCACAAUGUACACACACGCACUUUGGGCAACGAUGGCCCGAAGGGCUCAUCUCCAGGACACAAAAUACUUUUCCUGCUAUUGUAAACGGUGCUCGGAUCCAACGGAACUGGACACGCAUCUUGGCACCUUAAUAUGUCCCCAGGACCAAGGUUACAUUUUACCUGCGGACCCGCUGGAUUUCGAAUCCGAAUGGAAAUGUGAGAUCUGUCCCGGAACCCUAACAGCUGCGGAAGUGAGAGAAUUCACUGGAAAAUUGGAGGAUGACGUUGAUGAAAUGAUGUGUCGAGCGAAAAAAGACACGCUGCUCGAUCUUCUCUCACGACUCACCACAUUAUUGCAUCCCGGUCAUCAGCUUUGCAUCACCGUCAGCCAUUCACUGAUUCAAUUGUUAGCUCGUAGCGAUCCGAAGAAACGCGAACUGUGCAAACGUAUUAUAGAAACUACGAAAAUAUUGGAUCCGUACGGUAUAAGGUUGUCGUUAUAUACAGCGGUCACCUUGCGCGAGCUAUCCAAUUGCCCCGGAGAAGAUAGACAGAGCCUUUUGUGUGACGCGAUUUCCCUGCUACAAUCGGAACCACCGAACUCACCUGGUGAAAAGCUUCGAAUUUUAAUGCAAGUCGAAUUAUAG